UUUUUAAUAAUUCUUACGAGAAAUUAUGCCCAAAUGUGGCGCUCAUAAUUUGUGAUAGGUAUUUAAAAUUUUUAAAGGUUUAAUUAUUAAUAAAUCUACUUUUUACAGAACUUACGAAAAUUUAAAUGGGAGCUAACCACACUACCACAUUGAAAAAGGUGACAAAAGACAUGUCAUCCGAACAUCAAGAGAGGAUGUAUAGUUUGUUCACUGAAAACGAAAUCAGAAUCAUCUUCUUGUUGUUCAAAGAUCUGGCUAUUAAUUCUGAGAACUCAGGAGUGAUUAAGAAGUCAGCCUUCUUGAAAUUUACCGAAUUACCUGGAGUAAUCGGACAAAGGGCAUACAGAUAUUCUACAGCUAGACCAGAUGAAGGUCUGAACUUUGAUGAAUUCAUCAGCUUGAUAGCUAAAUUUACUAAAACUGAUGGUGAAGAGAUGGCGGAAGCUUUGCUCCAGAUCUUUGAUACUGAUAAUGACGGAUUCUUUGACAUCGAAGACCUCAUUACUCUCUUGAGAACUUUUGAAGUAUCUGGUGUAGUUCCUGAAUUAAGAAAAGAAACACCUGGAUUUAACAUUAAGCUUUCUAAAAAUCUCAGUGAUGACGAUACAGGAUCUCCAAGUGGAUCUACCAAAUCUAUUGCUACAUGAGAAUCUUCUGGUGAGAUCCCAAUGAUCUCAUCUGAGGCCUCAUCUCAUCUCUCAAGUAAGAAGAUCACCAAGAUCGCCAAGAAGAUGCUAAAAAAUGGCGGAUUUGAGAAGACCUCAAAGCUAAAUGUUGAAGAUUUUUCUUACUUCAUCCAAAGACACCCAUGCUUUUUCAAUCAAUUCAGGAAAGCUAUGAAGCCUCAAUAUUGGUCUGAAGAAGCUCAAAAUUCUUCUAAGAAAUCAAUUUUGAGUGAUUCAGAAGAAAUCUCAACUGUUACGUCGGGUAUCGACUUUUAUUGCUCACAAGACCAAAUCAGUAUGUCUGGUGUUUUGAAGAAGAGAGGAGCAAAAUCUGGAAAGCUACAGAAAAGAUACUAUGUCAUCAAAGGAAACAUCAUGUACUACUACACAAAGGAGGGAGACAUUACUCCUAGAGGAGUAAUCUACCUCCCAAAUAAGCUCAUCAGUCUUGAUACUACAAAAAGGAAAUAUGGAAUUAAAAUCUACAGCUAUGACUCUACAACUGAGCACAAAACUUUGUUUGCUUCUUCGCUUAAAGAAUGGGAGCAAUGGUACCAAUGCAUGCUCACUGGAGCUAAAAAUGAAGAUAUCAACCUUAGAUACAAGAUGAAGGAGACUCUCGGAGUUGGUAAAUUCUCUACUGUGAGGAAGGGAUAUCUCAGGAGUGACGACACCCAUCAGGUUGCAAUCAAAAUUGUCUCUAAAAAGGACAUAACUGAUAGAGAAAAGGAGUACAUACUUAAUGAGGUGUCUAUCCUAAAGCUUAUCAACCACCCUAACGUUCCUAAGGUUCAUGAAAUUCAUGAAACCCAUGAUAAAAUGAUUAUAGUUAUGGACCUAAUUAAAGAUGGAGAGUUGUUCAAUUACGUAGCUGAGUCUCAAAAAUUGCCUAUCGAAGAAGCCAACAAAGCUUUGAUCCAGUUAUUAAAGAUAUUAAAGUACCUGAAAGAGCUUAAGAUAAUGCACAGAGACAUUAAGACUGAGAAUAUGAUGAUAAAACUUUCCAAGAGAGGAGCAUUGAAGAAAGUUUAUUUAAUUGAUUUCGGACUUGCGAGAUUCACGGAUCCUACUGAACAAAUCACCCAAAAAUUAGGAACAAUGGGAUACUGUGCUCCAGAAGUCAUUCUUAAGAAAAACUAUGAUGCUUCUGUUGACAUGUGGUCAACAGGAGUUGUAUACUACCUUCUUUUAACAGGCAGACUGCCUUUCGAUGGAAAUAGCAAUGAGUCUAUCUCUGAUAAGACUGUAAACUCAUCUUUAUUGCUCAAAGGAAAGAUUUUUGAAGAAUUAGACCUAAAAAUUCAUGAAUUUUUGAAUUCAUCACUUGCCAAGAAUCCUAAAGACAGACUAACUGUUGAAGAUGGAUUGGUCUUGACCUCUGCUUUCUAAA